UCGGCAUUCUCAAUGAAAAAAAAAACCCUGCAGCCAGACCGGUCCCACACAACGCCUCGCGGCGCGCGAAACUCACCAGGCCGCCACCGCCGCCGGUCGCGCCUCCCGUCGCUUUGCUUCCCUAAACCUAACGGCGGCCGGCGGCCGGCGGCCACCCCCGCUUCCCCCUACCCCUCCAUCUCCACCCCCGCCGCCAAGAAUCGACUAGAGGAGCGCUGCAGCUGAUCUAGUAAUGCGGACCAGGGGCCAGACCAGCCGCGAGGCCAAACCCGCACCCGCUGCGUCCCCCGCCUCCUUAGGAGGUGGAGCGGGGGAGGGGGUUGCGGCUGGCGGCGCCAAUACUCGCCGGAGAGCUUCGCCCGCCGCGAAAGGGAAAUCCCCCGCCGCCAAGGUGGAAUUGAAUUCCUCAUCGGGGGUUAAGUGCAAAAAGGGUAAAGCCAAUACUGAGUCGAAUGGUGAUGCUAGUACGAAAAGGUGCAGCGCGGGGAGUUCUGUGAAGAAAAAUCUGGAGGAAAAUGAGCCGGAGGCAAUUGGUGAGAGUGAUGCAGCUGGCAUGGACUGGGAAGAGGGGCAUGUCUCUGUGGUGGAUUGCAAAGAGGGUUAUUCCCAUGAUCUUGGAGAGACGGUCACUGUUGAGUUCACUGAUGUACCUUCUUCAGCGGAAAAGAAGAGUGCUCGAAGGCAUACUGCUGAAGAGAAGGAGUUGGCUGAACUCGUGCACAAGGUACAUUUGCUUUGCCUGCUAGCAAGGGGUAGGGUAAUUGACAAGGCUUGCAAUGAUCCUCUUAUUCAGGCUUCAGUUCUCUCUGUUUUACCACACCACUUACUGUUGAAUGGUGUAGACAUUCAAAAACUGGACGCAAAUAACCUGCGUCCUCUUGUGAGCUGGUUCCACCGUACUUUCUCUGUAGUUGCACAAUCUACUGACAGGGGAUCUUUUGAAUCAAAUAUGGCUUUUGCACUUCAAAGUCAUGUAGGCACUGCUGAAGAGGUCUGUGCAAUAUCAGUGGCACUGUUUAGGGCACUCAACUUAACAACUAGGUUUGUUACAAAUAUGGAUGUUGUUGGACUCAAGCCUGAUGCCAAAGCGACGGGGACACCAAAUCGUGAUGUACCUAGGCUUUCUACAAGGGAACUACCAUGUAGUUCUGUUGUUGCAGGCCAUAAUGAGUUUAAUACUCUUUCUCCGGCCCAAUCAGAAGUUAAUACAAAAGAGAGCUUCAGUAUGAUCAAGCAACGAUGCAAUCUUGGGAAUUUGAAAAACAAGUCAGCUUGCAGGAGAAGUUUGUCUAAAAACUUGUCAAAUUGCAAGGAUGAUCAAUCUGCAUCAACAUCAAAAGAUGAAUCAUCCAGCAGACAAUGCUCUUUAACAUCCAGUAGUUCUGAUAUACCAAAACGGAAAGGAGAUGUAGAAUUUGAGUUGCAACUGCAAAUGGCCCUUUCAGCCACUGCAUCCGAAAUUCAAGAAAAUAAGCUAGCUGCCACAUCCAGUCAGUCAACUGGCACCCUACUAAGUUCUACCCCACCGUUGAAGAAAUUACGUAAAAAUGCAGAAGUUGCGUCCAACUCAAGUGCAGUUUGGUCGAGAAAUGGAGCGCCAUUAUAUUGGGCCGAGGUAUACUGCGGUGGCCAGACAAUGACAGGAAGAUGGGUGCAUGUUGAUGUUGUAAAUGAUAUUACUGACGGUGAACGACAAGUAGAAGCUGCUUCUGCUGUUUGCAGGAAGCCUUUGAGAUACGUUGUUGCAUUUGCUGGUAGUGGUGCUAAAGAUGUGACUAGAAGGUAUUGCCUGCAAUGGCACAGAAUUGUCCAGGGGAGAGUGAAUCCAGAGUGGUGGGAUAAUGUUAUGGCACCGCUAGAGCAGCUCGAAUUGGCAGCAACUAAUGACUCUGAAGAGAUGGAACUUCAGACCAGGGCGCUAACAGAGCCUCUUCCUACCAAUCAACAGGCCUACAAAGACCAUCACCUUUAUGCUCUUGAGAAGUGGCUGCACAAGAACCAAGUUCUUCAUCCCAAGGGUCCAGUGCUUGGCUUCUGUAAAGGGCAUCCUGUUUAUCCUAGGUCUUGUGUUCAAACACUGCAAUCAAGACAUGGUUGGCUACCGGAGGGGCUGCAAGUCAGAGAAAACGAGUCACCUGCAAAGGUUGUCACACGACCAAAGAGGACUUUCAACUCUCAGUCAAACGAAUCCAAUAGUAAUGACGAUGGACUUCAGCUAACCACGGAAUUAUACGGUAAAUGGCAACUGGAACCGCUGCAACUUCCUCGCGCUGUAAAUGGCAUUGUGCCAAAGAAUGAACGGGGCCAAGUUGAUGUAUGGUCAGAGAAGUGCCUUCCACCUGGUACGGUACACUUGAGGUUGCCAAGAGUAUUCCAGGUUGCAAAGAGGCUUGGAAUUGACUAUGCUCCUGCCAUGGUUGGAUUUGAUUAUCGAAGUGGUCGGUGCGUUCCACUCUUUGAUGGGAUUGUUGUAUGUGACGAAUUCAAAAAUGCCAUCUUGGAGGCAUAUGAUGAAGAGGAGGAACGGAGACAAGCUGCGGAAAGGAAGCAGGAGGAAGCUCAGGCUCUCUCUAGGUGGUAUCAGCUGCUGUGUUCUAUUGCAACGAGGAAACGGUUGAAAGACUCGUACAAUGCACGUUCAGCAGCCAAAAUUGAUACUCACCAGAAGAGCACUAGUGACAGUCCUCGAAGCUCGAAAGAGACAUCGCAUCCAAGCAGACCACAGGGGGAUGGACGCCCAAAAUAUUCUCUCCCUGGUGAUGACCAUGAACACGAGUUCCCGGAGGAAGAUCAGAGCUUCGACGAAGAGACUUUUGUGCGGACAAAACGCUGCCCAUGUGGUUUUUCGAUCCUAGUUGAGGAAUUGUAGCAGCUUAUAACAGAAAUGCACUAACCUGACUGCCUAGGGUGUAGUUUCGUUUUGGGUUGAGUUCGAAUAUCGAUCUUUUUUGUUUGGAUGAGUAGCAGUUGUGUCUCUGAAGAAGAAUGCGUUUUUUCUCUCUA